AUGAAGGACAACCACCUUCUGGUUCAACUGGCCAGCCAGUCUCCUAAGGCCACUGAACAACAGAUCUGGCGUCCGCAGCCACUGUUACUGGAUCAAGAUGCCGUAAUUCAUGCUCACCUACUAUCGCGGAUCGAUGAAGUCACGCCCUUGAUGGUCAAUCUCGAAUCCAUCACGGUUUCAGAUUCUACGCGAAGUCUUGCAGUGCGAGCAUUAGCAGCAGUGUACUUCGGCAAAACAAACGGUGAUAAGCGGAUCUUUGACCUCGGAAGUAGAGAAUACGUGAAGGCCUUGAACAGAGUGCAACACGAUCUGGCAAGUUCGACUACUGUUCUAGAAUGGAACACGCUUGCGAGCGUAAUUUGUUUAUGCAUGUUUGAGAACAUCGUCUUUACAGACAAGACGGGAUGGCUGAAGCACUACGAGGGAAUAACUCAGUUGCACUGCUAUCUCACACUUCCAGAGUGGCAGACCGUCCUAUGGCCGUCGACUGUACCCAAAACAGCUAGUGAUACAUUGCACGAUAUCUUUGCCCGCGUUCCCGGCCAGUUGCAUGACAUGGAUCGGGUAGAAAGAGGUGAAGUUGACAACGAGUUCUUUGAAGAGCUGCGACAGCGAGUCGAGACUACAUUAUCGGAUCUCGAAGACUGGGAGCAGUUUUAUCAGCACCCUCGGCCUCUCACGGGCUCUCCCCUCUCUUCAACACAAGACAUCACUUCGCACCCAGUCAGACACAAAGCCCUGCUGGCAUUACAAAGAGCCAUCAUUCUUUGCAUGACAGGCCUCUGUGCCUUCUUCAACAUACCUCUAGUGGCCGAGAUACCAUCUAUUCUCGAAGAUCGAAAGGUAGUCAGGAAGGCAAUCGCCACUGAGAUAUGUCAGCUAGCAGCAUCGUGUCUUGGACACGAGUCUCAUAGUACUGAGUCCUUGUUAUUCAUAUUCCCGCUGCAAAUAGCAAGCAUGAACCUCGAAAUGGGCAGUGUAGAGGAGAAGGGGGCCGAGGAGAUCAUGAACGGGGUCAUUGCUGGGACGUAUGGAUUUGAGAUUGGGAGAAGGCGAGAGUGGAAGACCUCGAGCAUAAUUCUAAUCAAAUAG